UGGCCGCGGGGGGCAGACGGACCCCGCUCCCCCCACACACCCUCCCCGCCUUCCCUCCUCAGCCGGACGCCGACCUCGGCCAGCCAGGGAGGGGAGGAAGACGGACUGGGGCCAUCUUGCCCCUUCCGCGGGCCGCCGGCCGAGGAGACGGGAGCGCCAGGAACUACAAUGCCCAGCGUCCCCUUCGCCGGCCCGGCCCGGACGCGGAGCUUCCGACUACAAAUCCCAGCAGGCCCCGCGCGGAGCCCCGCGGAGCGCCAGGGGAAGGGGGCGGGGCCGCCCCGCGGGCGGGCGGGAGAACUACAACCCCCAGCCUCCCGCGCGCGCUGGCGCCUGCGCCCUGGGGCCCGCCGCCAUCUUGGCCCCGGGAGGGAACCGCAAACAAACCGAAGCGGGGGUGCGCCGGGACCGGCGGGGGAGCCUUUCGAUGUGCCCCGAGCAGGCGGACAGAGAGGACGAGCUCCGUGGGGCCGCGCGCCAGGACGAAGGAUGCCCGUUGUGUGGCCCACUCUCCUGGACUUCAGCAGGGAUGAGUGCAAGCGGAUCCUUCGCAAACUGGAACUGGAGGCCUACGCUGGUGUUAUCAGUGCCCUGCGGGCCCAGGGCGACCUCACCAAGGAGAAGAAGGACCUGCUGGGUGAGCUGUCGAAGGUGCUGAGCAUCUCCACGGAGCGCCACCGGGCUGAGGUGCGGCGGGCAGUCAACGAUGAACGGUUAACUACAAUUGCACAUAACAUGUCGGGGCCCGACAGCUCUUCCGAGUGGUCUGUAGAAGGCCGCCGCCUGGUGCCCCUGAUGCCCCGCCUUGUCCCCCAGACCGCCUUCACCGUGACGGCGAAUGCCGUGGCCAACGCGGCCAUCCAGCACAACGCGGCUCUCCCCGUGCCCGCCGAAACCGGAAACAAAGAUGUAGUGGUUUGCUACUCCUACACCAGCACCACGUCCACCCCGACCUCCACCCCCGUUCCCAGCGGCAGCGUCGCCACGGUGAAGUCGCCGCGACCUGCCAGCCCCGCCUCCAACGUCGUGGUCCUGCCCAGCGGCAGCACCGUCUACGUCAAAAGCGUGAGCUGUUCGGACGAAGACGAGAAGCCCAGGAAGCGCAGGCGGACCAACUCCUCCAGCUCCUCUCCCGUGGUGCUCAAGGAAGUCCCCAAGGCCGUCGUCCCCGUCUCCAAGACCAUCGCGGUGCCCGUGAGCGGCAGCCCCAAGAUGAGCAACAUCAUGCAGAGCAUCGCCAACUCCCUGCCGCCGCACAUGUCUCCCGUGAAGAUCACCUUCACCAAGCCCUCCACCCAGACCACCAACACCACCACCCAGAAGGUGAUCAUAGUGACCACGUCUCCGAGCUCAACCUUCGUCCCCAACAUCCUCUCCAAGUCCCACAACUACGCAGCCGUCACCAAACUCGUCCCCACGUCCGUCAUCGCCUCCACCACCCAGAAGCAACCGGUGGUGAUAACCGCCUCCCAGUCCAGCUUGGUCAGUGGUGGCAGCGGCUCGACCCCGUCCCCCGUCCCCAACACCAUCGCCGUCACGGCCGUGGUGUCGUCCACCCCGUCGGUCGUCAUGUCAACGGUAGCACAAGGGGUUUCCACCUCGGCAAUUAAAGUGGCAUCGACCAGGCUUCCUUCUCCCAAGAGCUUGGUGGGACCCCCGACCCAGAUCCUAGCGCAAUUCCCCAAGCAGCAGCAGCAGCCGCCGCAGCAGCAGCAGCAGCAGCAGCAGCAGCAGUCAUCCCCCAAGCAGCAGCUGCAGCAGGUGCAGCCCCAGCAGCAGCAGCAGCUGGGCCAGCCUUCUCCAUUGUCUCAGCAGCAGCCGCAGCCACCGCAGUCUCAGUUACCUCCGGCCACCAAGCCCACCAUCCAGAUCAAGCAGGAGUCAGGGGUUAAGAUCAUCACCCAGCAGGUCCAGCCCAGUAAAAUCCUGCCCAAACCAGUCACCGCCACGUUGCCCAGCAGCAGCAAUUCCCCCAUCAUGGUGGUGAGCAGCAACGGCGCCAUCAUGACCACCAAGCUGGUGACCACCCCCACUGGUACCCAGGCGACCUACACGCGGCCCUCAGUCAGCCCCGCGCUGGGCGCGCGGAUGACGGCCACCCCCGGAGCCGCCACCUACGUGAAGACCACCAGCGGGAGCAUCAUCACCGUGGUGCCCAAGUCCCUCGCCACCCUGGGAGGCAAGAUCAUCAGCAGCAAUAUUGUUUCUGGGACCACGACCAAAAUCACCACAAUCCCAAUGACGUCCAAGCCCAACGUGAUCGUUGUGCAGAAGACGACGGGGAAAGGAGCCACCAUUCAAGGUCUGCCGGGCAAAAAUGUGGUCACGACGCUCUUAAACGCGGGGGGGGAGAAGACCAUCCAGGCAGUGCCGGCCGGGGCCAAACCAGCCAUCAUCACCGCCACCAGGCCGAUCACCAAGAUGAUCGUCACCCAGCCGAAAGGCAUCGGGUCCGCCGUCCAGCCGGCCACCAAAAUCAUCCCCACCAAGAUCGUCUAUGGCCAGCAGGGAAAGACCCAGGUCCUGAUCAAGCCCAAGCCGGUGACGUUCCAGGCCACGGUGGUCAGCGAGCAGACGCGACAGCUGGUGACGGAAACACUGCAGCAGGCGUCCCGGGCAGUCGAAGCCGGGAGCUCGUCCAUCCAGGAGCUGAAGGAAGAGCCUCAGAGCUACACGGAGAGCAGCUCCUCCUCCACCGAGUCCUCCCAGAGCUCCCAAGACUCCCAGCCGGUGGUUCACGUCAUCGCUUCCCGGCGCCAGGACUGGGCCGAGCAUGAGAUCGCCAUGGAGGCGAGCCCGACAAUCAUUUAUCAGGACGUGUCCAGCGAGCCCCAGUCGGCCACUUCGACCAUCAAAGCUCUGCUGGAGCUCCAGCAGACGACAGUAAAAGAAAAGUUGGAAUCGAAGCCAAGGCAGCCCACCAUUGACUUAAGCCAAAUGGCCGUUCCCAUUCAGAUGGCCCAAGACAAGCGGCGUUCUCCCGAGAACCCUUCGAUUGCCGUGGUGGAGUCAGAGCUGGUGGCUGAGUACAUCACCACCGUCAGCCAUCGGUCCCAGCCCCACCAGCAGUCAUCCCAGCCCCAGCGGACCCUGCUCCAGCACGUGGCUCAGUCACAGACGGCCACGCAGACCUCGGUGGUGGUGAAGUCCAUCCCGGCGUCUUCCGGUGCCAUCACCCACAUCAUGCAGCAGGCGUUGAGCAGCCACACGGCAUUCUCCAAGCACGGCGAGGAGCUGGGCACCGAGGAGGGCGAGGUGGAAGAGAUGGACGCGCUGGACCCCCAGACCGGCCUGUUCUACAAGUCGGCUCUGACCCCGGCCCCCGACCAGCCCAAGCUGGAGCAGCCUCAGCUGCAGGUGAAGACACUGCAGUGCUUCCAGGCGAAACAGAAGCAGACACUCCACCUGCAGGCCCAGGCCCUCCCGCACAAACUCCCGCAGAUGCCCCAGCUGUCGAUCCGCCACCAGAAACUCAGCCCUCUCCCUCCGGAGCCGGGUCUCCCCAAGCCGGACGGGCCGCCGCCCCCGCCCCCGCCGCCCCACGUGUUGGCCAAGGAGCGGCCGCUCCCGCCCCUGCUGUCCCAGCCCCAGCAGACUGUCGUGCAGGUGCUGGCUGUGAAAACCACGCAGCAGCUCCCCAAGCUGCAGCAGGCCCCAACCCAGCAGAAAGUCUACGUGCAGCCCCAGCCCCCGCCGAGCCUCCCCCAGCUCUCCGCCUCUGCGGAGAAACAGCCGGCCAGCCAGGUGGAGCCGCCAGUUAGAGCCCAAGGAUCCUCUGUUACAAAGAUCACGUUCGAGGGGCCGCAGCCGCCCACCGUCACAAAAGUCGCGGGCGGCGGUUGCGGGCCCAAGCCGCCCCCUCCGGGCCCCGGCAUGUUUCUCGUGCAGGCGUCCGAGAAGACCGCGGUGUCGGACAUUUUGAAAAUGUCCAUGCUGGAGGCCCAGAUCGACCCAAACGUAGAGUCCCCGGUGGCGGAGGCCCCGCCCAAGGCCGGAGCGCCGGGCCCGCCCGCGGUCGACGCGCAGUCCUCGUCCUCCAGCCGGACGGCGGCGACGGCGGGGGGAGGGGGAGGAGGAGGGGCGGCUCCUCCCGCUCCCCAACAGCGGCAAUGUAGCGAGACCUGUCCCAGCCCGCCGGCACUGGGGCCCCCCCACCAGCCGCGGAAAGCGGACCCCCAGGGAGCGGCAGCCGCCAGCCAGUUCAUCCGCAUUCAGAGCCUCGGCCAGAACGCAGCCGAGGAGAGCCCCGCCGAGAUCAUCAUCCAGACCAUCCCCCAGUACGCCAUCCCUUGCCACUCCAGCUCCAACGUGCUAGUGGAGCCCAGCGGUUUUCUGGAGCUCAACAACUUCACCAGCCAGCAGCUGGACGAGGACGAAGCAGUGCUGGAGCAAGACGUGGACAGCAGCGCGGAGGAGGGAAUGGAGGCCAGCCCCUUGCAGAGCUCGGCCGAGAGGCCCUAGCGGGCCGGGCGCCAGGCGCUGGGCGCUGGAGUGCACUUUCAGACCGGCCGUCGGCCGGGGCCGGGGUCCGCCCGGGGCAGCCCCCGAGGGGUCCUGCGUAUUGAGCACUUUGCACGCUUAGACCCCCGCGGGCCCUGACACAGCAGGGUACUUCAAUGGGAUGCAGCUGCAGCAGCAGCAGCAGCAGCAUUUUUUAGACUCAUGAAGUGGAAUGUACUUUUUUUUAAUAAAAAAAAAAAGGAAAAGUGGGGCAAAGUUCCAAUCUCCCAACGGCCCGAGACCCAGCGUCCUCUGUCGGCGGCUGCCUCGGGGCCGGAUCCAGCGGCCCACCUCUCUCCGCCGGAGCCUCCGGAACCAAAACCCCUCGGAAAGGAAGACCGAGAAUGGAAGUCUGUGGCUCCGAGCGGCGGGGCGGAGGACGGCUCUCGGCUUGGAGCGGAGCACCGGGAAGAAUGGGACUCGGGGACUUGCGGGGCCCUGCCAAGGCCCAGAAGACAGUGGUGUUAUAAGUGCCCCGGGGGGAGGUGGGAGGCGAGGAGGCCGGGAGCAGAUCGCUCGGCCAGCAGCUCGGGACAGGCGCUCACCGAGGGGCUUGGGGUUGCGCCUUCCGGCAUCCCGCCCCGUGCGUGCGCUAACCUCAUCUCGGAAGCGUUCCCGGUGCCGCAAGCCUCAGGGCGGUAUCUGUGGUUCCGUUGAGCGGAGGGCAGCUUUGGGCACACGCCUGGGCCCCGGGCCAGCCCCUGGGGAAGCCCGCCCAGGGCGUGGUGGGGGCUGGGCCCGAAGGAAGCCGAAGCUCAAGCUAGACCAAGGGAGCGCCGCGCCUUUCCCUUUGGGUGUUGCACGUCGCCUUCGGCCCAGGCCCGGGAACGGCCCUCUUCCCCUUCCUACCGGCCGGGACGGACCGAAACCCCUCGUCGGGACCCAGUCAGUUUGAGUAGUGUGUUUGGGUUCCUGCGAUGGCGAUUCUCCCGGGGCGGGGGCCCGGGGACAGAGACGGUUUUACCAGGUUGACGAAAGGAAGACUGUACUCUUCAUUUUUUAAAACAAUAUGUAUAUAAAAAACGAGUUUUUAACGGUUUUGUAUAGAUUUCACUGUAAGCAAGCGUUUUCGGCCGGCCGGUCUGUCGCACCGUACCCACGCGAUCGGCAAGGCCCGCCUGCCGUUACGGUGCCGACUCCAUCCGCUGGCCCCUCAUUUUUGUGCUGCCUUUUUUUAAACUGUGAUUUUACUGUUGGUAUCGUAGGAAUAAAUACCACCUAGAGGAACUCCGACCAGAUGGCCACAACAGUUGUGAGGA